CACAAGGCACAUCAAUACAAAUUCUCCCCCUCGCCUAAACUUCACAAUUUGCCGGAAUCGGUAGGCUACUAUCUCCAACAGUAGUCUAUUUUUACAGUUACUUUUCAUUUUUAAUAAUUUAAUCUCAAUGGAUCGAUACAUAUUUAUCAUUGUGUUAUUAGCGUGUGUUCUGCGGCCCGUGAGGUGCUACAGCUCCGGAAAGGUGACUGGGGCGUGUGACAAUAUGACACCGCAACACAAUAAAGGCGCACAGCAAAGUCCCGCUCCAUUCUCUGUCACCACUGACCGGUUCAGCUUUAAGGAGGGCGAUGAAAUCAUAGUCAGGCUCCUGGCAGCUUCCACUCCAUUCACUGGGUUUAUAUUACAAGCCAGAGAGGUUGGAGAAAGCAGUCCUCUGGGAUCCUUCACUGUAACAAGUGGAGAGGCCCAGCCACUCACCUGCAACGGACUACCUAAUUCUGCAAUUUCUCACACAUCAAAUUCACCUAAAUCCUCCAUCCAGGGAGUAUGGAGGGCCCCCACAUCAGGCAAUCUCAACUCCAUCCAAUUCAGUGCCUCCUUUGUAAAAGAUUACUCCACCUUCUGGGUUGAAGUGAGAAGUUCUCCAGUCACAUACAACAUCGCUGCUGCACCCCCAGCUAGCAGCACAUCCGUUACCUUUACUGCCUCCUCAUCCUCAGAAGUUUCCAACUCCAGCACUGGAUGUGACAGCACUAAGGUCUGUUUCAGCCAACCUCUGAACUGUGAUCCUGGGGUCAGCCCAGACUGUUACUUCCUGUCUGCUAUGACCUCUCUCGGUGACACAGCCAUCCAGUUGGAGAUGACCGGCCCUUCAGAUGGCUACAUCGCCAUUGGCUUUUCAGAUGACCAGAGGAUGGGAAAUGAUGACAUCUAUAUUUGUGGACGGGACAGUGGCGGACUCAUCCAAUUGCAACACGCCUUUUCAACAGGAAAGAAGAUACCAGAGAUACUUCCCCUGGGAAAUGUUUCUGAUGUUAAAUCCUCAGUGAAUAAUAGUAUCAUUAGCUGUUCCUUCACGACUAGGAACCCCAUUUCAACUCAGCGAUCCGGAGGGUCCAGUUCCCUCUACUAUCUCAUGAUCGUUCACGGGCCCUCCAAUAAUGGGAUAAUCGGCCUUCAUACUGGCACCUUCAUCAGUGACACUAAAGUGGAUAUUUCAAGUCCUCAAAUUGUUACAAGUGAAAAAGAGCCACCUAUUAUUAAAGCACAUGGUUCCCUGAUGUUGAUAGCGUGGAUGACCACGGGUAGUUUGGGAAUGAUCAUAGCCAGGUAUCUGAAAGGUGUGGCCAAGGGGAAACAUUAUUUUGGGAAAGAUGUUUGGUUUCUGGUGCACGUGUUUCUUAUGACACUCACUGUUGCCGCCACCAUCAUUGCCUUCAUUUUGGCCUUCUCAGAAGUUGGAGGCUGGAGUGGGGGAGUCCAUCCUGUGUUGGGCUGCAUCGUUAUGAUCCUGGCCUUCUUCCAGCCAAUCGGUGCCAUGUUCCGAUGUGGACCUCAACAUCACUGGCGAUUCUUAUUCAAUUGGUCGCAUGCUUUGAAUGCAGUGGCAAUAAAAGGUUUAGCUGUGGCAGCCAUCUUCACUGGGCUGUCGUAUUUUAGCACCUCUGAGGAUAGUUGGCUUCUGAAGGUGAUGGGUGGGUUUGUUGGAUGGGAGGCAACGAUGUACAUCCUGCUAGAACUCCACAUGCGCUGGAAGCGCAAUGAUCAUACAGAGAGUGCUUCUGAAUCGACAAGCAUGGAGUUGGUACUGCUGGUCUUGUUUUUCCUUGGAAAUAUAGCCUUUUUGGUGGCACUACUUGUUGGAAUUGGCUCGUCAUGAAGAUCUGCUGAGCAAUGGACUGAGAUCAGAAUGUUGUGAUACAGUAAAUCUUUAAUAUAGCUCAAUGUACAGUAUAUUUUAAAUAAUUGUAUAUUUGUUUGUUGUCAAAUGUUUUAAAGUAACUGUCCAUUGAUUGAGGAUCGAAUGUGAUCAGAUUGUCAAUUUAUACAGUAUCCCUCCAUAUAACUAUGACAGACUUUCCACGAGGACGGGCAUAUUGGAAAUUUAACCAGGGUUUAUUGACUGACACUACUUUCUUAACAAAAAGUAAGGAAUUCUUAACAGACUUUCUUACACAAUACAGGUUCAGUGGACACAAUUAUUGUACUGGAUGCUUUUAAAUGUACCUAGGGGCCAUUGAAUUCAAUUGUCAUCCCAAAAAUGGUAUCGGUCAACAGAGAAAAGAAUUUCAACAGAAAUAUAACAUUUAACAUUACACAAUGGUGUUGAAUGUACUUCAUAAUCACUGAAUAAUCUAGACACUUAACAAAAGGAGAUUGAGGAAUUUAUUCAUGAAAGACCGGGUUAAAAAAAUAAAAUUACCAGAGCAAAUUCAAUAUAAAAACCUGUCCAAAAAGAACCUACAGAAAAAGUUACAAACGAUGGAGAAAUCCUUCACACCAAAGGAGAUUCUGAAUGAGGAAGGUCAUCCAACCUCAUUUGAUGAGUUUUGUGAUAUACAGUACCAGUCAAAGGUUUGGACACACCUACUCUUUAUUUUUACUAUUUUGUACCUUGUAGAAUAAUAGUGAAGACAUCAAACUAUGAAAUAACACAUGUUGAACUAUGUAGUAACCAAAAAAGGGUUAUUUUAUAUUUGAGAUUAUUCAAAGUAGCCACCCUUUGCCUUGAUGACAAAUGCUUAGCAUAUGUUCAAGACUGUUGGAAAAGCAUUCCUCAUGAAGUUGGUUGAGAGAAAGCCAAGAGUGUGCAAAGCUGUCAUCAAGGCAAAUAAUGGCUACUUUCAAGAAUCUUAAAUAUAACAUUUAUUUUGAUUGGUUUAGCAGUUUUUUGGUUACUACAUGAUUCCAGAGUUUGUUAUUUCAUUGUUUUGAUGUCUUCACUAUUCUACAAUGUAGAAAAAAGUAAAAAUAAAGAAAAACCCUUGAAUGAGUAGGUGUGUCAAAACUCUUGACUGGUACUGUAUGUUUCCCCCCAAAUCAUGUUAAAUUAUCUGCAAUACAAAAUGAUCUUGUGAAGGCCUAAUUACACAGGACUAACUAUUGAUUACUUUCAGAUGCUGAAAACGCCUUGCCUUGAUGGCAUUCCAAUAGAUAUGGGCUUUUUAUGAACUACUGACAGAUCAAUUACUGUCAUGUUUUAAUUACUCAUAUAUAAAUGGCAAACUAUCAGACACACAAAACGAGGGACUGAUCUCUCCUACUGAAGCAGGAGCCAUGGGGGCAAUACAAAGAGCCAGUCUCUUUAAAAAAAAAAUGGGAGUCACCCCACUGUGCUAAAAUAUUGGCAAAAUGUAUUGCUCAUAGAAUUAAAAAGGUCCUACCGGGAAAUUAAGUCAACAUUAUUUGGGUAUUAGCCAACAGAAUAUGAGCUUCAAAAAUGUGAUAAUAAAAAAUACAACAAGA